AUGGCGUGGACGUGCACGGCCUGCGAGUUCACGGCCAACGAGGACGGCCAGGAGGCCUGCGUGGCCUGCGGCUCGGAGCGCCCCGAGGAGGAGGAGCAGCAGCAGCAGGCGGCGGCCGAGUCGGCCCCCGCUGAAGAGAAUGGCGACGGAGGCGAGGAUGACGGCGGCACCACCAGCGGCGGCGGCGAAGACGGCCCCGAGGUCGUGGUCAUCGAACUGCCGGCCAAGGAGAAGCUCGGUGUGAAGCUCAUGCCCCCCAAGGACGGCGUGAUCGACCACGGCCUGGCCAUCGACAACAUCAACAACCCGCUGCUGGAGAACAAGGUGCAGGCGGGAGACCUCAUCGUGGCCAUCGGCGGGCAGAAUGUGGACGGCAUGGGUUUCUCCGACGCCAUCGACCUCAUCCGUAAGAUGCCGAGGCCCCUCGCUAUCUCGUUCGAGAUCGACGAGGCCCGGCGCCAGGAAGUUGUGCGCGCCAAGUUCCAGCAGAACAAGGACAACGAUCUGGACACGGAGCUUACGACGUACGCUGUGGUGUUCGACAAUGGCCCCAUGGGUUUGAACCUGGAGGAAGCAGUGCGCUACGGUAUUGACGGCGCAGUUGUGCGUGCGCUGAAGGGUCAGGCCAAGACCAGCGGCAUGAUCUCGAUCGGCGAUAUUGUGUAUAAGGUGAACGAAACGGAUGUGCUGUGUAUGCCGUACCUGGAGGUCAUGAACGUGCUUCGUAACGCGACGGCCCCCAAAACUUUGCAAUUCGUGCCCAAGGACAAGCUCGCUGAUGUGCAGCGUGUGAACUCUCGUCACUCGGAGUCAUUCCGACUGCGCGAGUCCACCUCGCACGUCAAGCAAAAACUGAUGAGUAACCCGCGCAUCGUUAAGGAUGAUGGCAAUGAGGCGGAUGACAACCAGUCGAUCGCACAACUGAUUCUGGACAACCAAGCUGCUACCAUCAAGAAGGGCCGCAUGUACAAACAGGGACGUGUGAUGCGCAACUGGAAGUCGCGAUACUUCGUGCUUAGUGUGUCCAAGGUGGAGUACUUCAAGAGUCCGAGUUCUACGACGUCGCGGGGCGAAAUGAGCUUUUUGAAUCAUCGAUGCACGGUUCGCUCACUGCCUGCAACAGGCGAUGUGGUCUGCAGGUCGCCAAACGUGACAGCAGAGUAUGUCUUGGAGCUCCGUGUGGAUGAUCGACGUAUGGUGAUGGCCUGUACGUCUGAAUCAGACAAGAAGGGCUGGAUGGAUGCAAUUAAGCUGGCCAUUGAUGCCUCGAAGACCGUGAACCGUACACAGAACCUUGGCGAGUCAUUGCGGGAGGCCAAGGCGCUGCGCACACAGCGUACCGAAAGUAUUUCGAUGGAUGGAACAUUCCUCGACCGCAACGCUGGUGGACGUCUUUCGCAGUUCAACUACGAAGCGUUCUCAACCCCUGUGGUGCACGUUGGCGUUCUGUCCGCAACGAACUUGACCAAGUCGGGCAGUUCGGUGAACGCACUUUGUGAAGUUACUGUUGGUGCAGAGACCUUCAAGACUUCGGUGGUGAAGAACCAGCGUUCGCCUGUGUGGAAGCAGGACAAUUCGGCAUCGUUCGAGGCCCCGAGUGAUGACAUGGUUGUGGAGAUUCGUAUCUUCGACGAGCACUUGUUCCGUGCUACAGAGCUUAUCGCAACGCUUUCGAUUCCUCUGAAGUCGCUGCCGAACAUGCAAAAGACUACGAAGAAGUACCCUCUGGCACUUGGUAGCCGUUCGGCAGGAGCUGUGCUCACCUUGUCGCUCGAGUACGUGAACAAGCAGAAGGCCUUUGAGGAGGAUCAGGAGCGUGGUCGUCUUGGCGAUGAUCUUAACAGCAAUGGUAUGAUGAACGAGCGUGAUGAGAUGGUUAAGAUCAAGGCUGAGGCUCAGAUGGCAGCCGACGAAGCCACGCACCACGCUGCUCGCGCACAGGAAGAAGCACACAUGCUGCUUGAGCAAUCUCGCCAGAAGGCAGAAGCAGCUAUGGCUGCAGCUCGUGAAGAGCAGCGGGAAGGUAAGGCAGCCGUGGAGAAGGCCAUGGCAGAAGCUGCCCGAGCAAAGGAGGAAGCCGAAAAGCAGCUUGCGGAAGCCCGACGGGCCCAGGAAGAAGCUCAAAAGUUGAUUGAAGCAAACCGGCGUAUUCAGGAGUCCGAUGUUCAGGGACCCUCAAUUUACGCUGUGUACCGGCGCAUGGUCCAGGAUGGCCACUCCAACGAUGAAGUCAAGAAGAAAAUGCAGGAAGAUGGCAUCGACGAGAAUGGCAUUCAGGCGUUCUUCGAUGGUAUCAACUCGUACGACGAAAAGAUCCGUGCGCUGCAGGCAGAAGUGGAGAAGCUGAAACGCAGCCGAUCCAGUCGGCCAAAGGAUGAGCCGAGAGCGGCUGACAUGCUUGCUAACCUGGAUAUCUCUAGUGACCAAGUCAAGCUGCUUCGCCGUUUGCUCAAACUUGAGAAACAACUGCAGCAGGCUGGUAUCGCUGUUGCGGCUGAUAUUCCGUACGAAGAAGCUAUGGCUAAGGUACAGGAGAUUUCCAAGCGUAUGCAAGAAAUCGGUUCUGCUGAUGUCACGCACCCAGACCCAGCAAUCCAGAAGCAGCUACGUGAAGAAUACUACCGCCUGGAACAGGAUAUGGAGAAGUACAACACUGCUCUUAUGCUGACUGAUGAGUACGCUGCUGAAGAAGCGCGAAAGGAGCGCGAAUGGGAAGACGAGAACUACGAUGAAAACGUGAAGGCUCUUAAGGCGAUUCGUCGGAUGAUGCCGGUUGACGUGAAGAAGAUGUCGGAAGCCGACCUCCAGACUAUGAAGUCACCAACGGGCAAGACUCUUCCGCGUGAUGUUGCGCGUAAGUUCAAGCGAACGAACGUGCUGGAACUGAUCCGUAUGAAUCCUGCUGAUAUUGCGAAGAAUCACCCUUCGCUGCUGGAGAACCUCCGCGUUACUGGUCUCACGGUGACCGAGCGUCGUGCAUUACACAUGCAUCUGCGCGAAAUUGCGGAGACGUGGAAAACUCAACAAGGUGAAGAAAUGACGAAGAAGAAGUACGAAUGGUUUAAAACACUCAAGGAGACGUUCAAGACUGUUGUGAACUCAUACAACAAGCACGUGAAGCAGUACGGACCGGAAGAUAACCACCCGUACGCUACGCGCGACGACCCGGAUAUUGGUUGCCCGAUGAUCGGCAAGCAGUGUCCCAUCAAAGCCAACAAGAAUCCUGCAUAUGACCAGGAUCUCGGAUACCCCGAUGGUGACGUGUACAUGGAAUCCACGGUGCAAAAGGGUAACCCCGACGAUGCUGGUGCCCGGGCUUUGGCUGAAGCCCAGGAACUGGCCCGAGCGAAGCUCGCCAACUCUCGUGCAGACGCGUUGAAGAAGCACUACCGCAAUGUGCGACUUGUUGCCGAAGCCAACGGUGCAUGUGAACUGAUUGACACGUCGUUGGACCAGAUCGAAAACAGACAGCUACUGUGGUUCCAAGCCAGACUGAAGCGUCGGCUUGAGCGUACGGAGACUGCCGCGACAAUUAAGGUGGAGUUGGCGGAGUUUGGCGAGUUGGUGAAUGAAAUCCGUUUAGCGAGCUUGAAGUUCGCGGAGCGGUCGGGUAUGAACCUAUCCGGUAAGCGAAACGCAGCGCUGGAUGCGAAGGAUACGCGUUCAACGAUCGAGUGUAAUCUAAUCCUGCUCUACUGCGAUGCGGUGGCGGACUGCUUCGAUGGCAUGGACGAGCGCAUGGACGAGGUGAAGGCAAGUGACAAGCGUCUGCGCUCGGCUAUCCCUGUUAUUCGCGGCCUCUUGAAGGAUCUGGGCGAAAAGAGUCGCACCACGCUGGCGUCGCUGGAGAAGUGUCCACCGGUGAACCGCCGGGUGAAGACUAGAACUGAAAUCAUGAAGGAGGCUAAGGAGAAGAACAGUGCUGCAGCUCCACCAGCAGAAAGUGAAGCCGCUGAGGAGGCUCCUGGCCCUGGCCGGGCGCCUCAUCCGAUGAUGGCUGCCCGUGGUCGGGGGCGUGGUCGUGGAGGAGGUCGUGACGGUCUCUUUGCAGCGAUCAAGGGACGUGGAGGCCGCGGUGGUGACGACGAUGGCCCCCCUGGACCACCAACCGAUUUCCUCGCGUCAAUUCGCGGCCGUGGUCGUGGCAACCCAGGUGGCCCAGGUCGCGGUGAUCUGUUUUCUGCGAUCAAGGCUCGCGGCGGCGGCGGAGGAGGAGGCGGCGAUGGUGGUGGUCGUGGCGGCGACUUGAUGGCUGCUAUUCAAGGCCGUGGUCGAGGCGGUGGAAUGCCUGGGGGUGGACGCGGUGAUUUCUUGGCUGCUAUCGCUGCAAGGAAGAAGGACUAG